AGACGAACAACCUUUUCUCAAUCAAAUAUGACUUCAUGCCAAAUUUCAAGAGUGAAUCAGAAAAUGAAGAAUCAUGGUCAGAAGUUAGUGAUUAUGAAGAUGAACACGGAGAAGGCAAACCCGGAGUAGACUAGCAAACCAUCACUGAAGAAGAAGAAGAAGAAGCCGGUGAUACAUGGGGUCUAUACAAAAAAGACAUGGGGUCGGUUUUCAUUUCAUCCUUCGAGGAAGAGGCUGAAUUUGAAUUAGAAAAAACCAGUAAUGACGUGAGGCAAUCCAAAAAGGCUGACAAGAGAUCACAUAGCCAGAUUGAGGAAAAAGAUUCAAUAGAAAUGGUGGCAGAUAGCAUUAAUGUGGAUGAAUAUUUGAAUGAUGCAGGAGAUAGAGAAGACGUUGGGGAAUGCAACUCUGAUUCAAAUGCAAAAAUUCAAGCCACAACGGAUCCUAUUAAGGAUUCGAAAGCUAUUGGGCUGGAAUUAAGGGCUAAGCCCAUUAGGGAGGAGGUGGGCCAAAUGCACCUCACAACAAAAGAAAUGGAUAUCACAGCUUGGGCAAACGAAGAAAGGAGCAGCAACAUGCAAUCGGGAAAUAAGAUGAGGCUUGUUAGUGCAGUUGAGAAAGGAGCAACCUGUAGACAAAAAGGAAGCACAAAAGGAACGUCUACCAUGGAAAACUCCAGGUUGUUCUUGGCAAGACUUGGGAGUGACGAAGGCAGGGAGAAGGAAGGGAGAGGUAAAAAGGAAAAAAGAGAGAAGAAAAGGACGAGGAAGAGAACAAAAUUAUGCAACUCGGGGAAGAAGGUUCUGGAGUUUGUUCCAUGCGCAACCAAUCCAGUAGCGGGAGGCUCAGUGGGGGACAGCGGGGUAGCAGUUGAGAAUGGGGAGAAUUUUAUUAAAAGACUCAAGGAGAUGGAGUCGAGAGACAAGAAAGCUACAGAAGAGGAGAACUCAAGGAAAACAGCCAAGGCACAAAAGGGAGAGAGGGAACAACUAGCGAAGGAGGAGAUCAAAGCGAGAAGGGAUGCCUUUCUAGAUUUGUGGAAGAAUCUAAAGCACAAAGAAAGGAUGAUGCAACAGAAAUCAAGGAAAACUUGGCUGCUAAAUGGAGAUGCAAACACAAUGUUUUUUCAUAAUUGUGUGAAAGGAAGAUGGAAGAGAAGCGAAAUGAACAGCAUAUAUGUGCAAGGAACCCAGAUUGUAGAAGUGAGCAAAAUGAAAGAGGAGAUUUCAUCUUACUUUGAAAGUAUGUUUAAAGAAAAGCAGGGGGAGAGACCGAAAUUAGAUGGGAUAUGCUUCAAACAAAUAUAUGUGGAAGACAAUAGCUCACUCAUCAAACCAUUCAAUGUAGAAGAGAUAAAGGCAGCAGUAGAAGAUUGUGACAGCUUGAAAGCACCAGGCCCCGAUGGAUUCAAUUUCAGAUUUGUCAAGAGUGAAUGGAGGUGUGGAAGAAGAUUGGUUAGAAAAAAUGUCUUGGGUGCUAUGCUGCAAAAGAGGAACGUUUCCAUUCAAGUACCUGGGGAUUCCCAUUGGGGGAAGCUGCAGAAAACUUGCUUUUUGGAAACCAUUGUUGGACCUCUUCUCAUGAAAAUUAUCCAUUUGGAAGGGGCGGUGGAAAAAAAGAGACUUCCAAGAGGGGAUUCUAGAGGCAGCCGACAAAAAGCUUGGAAGGCGAGUUUGAGGCAGAGCUUGCGCGGAUUCUGUGCAAGUGAUGGCAGAAGCAAAGGCAGCCACUGGGGACACUUCAAUCGAAAACAAAGCGGACAAGCGCGACAGUAAAGGCUACAAAUCUGAGUUCCACAAAUUGGGUUUUUGCUCUUCUAAACUUAUUUUUUCCUUUUUUUGGAUAUGAAAUUGUGGUUCAUCAAUUUAAUCUCAGAUUUUAUCAUGUUUAGUAUGAACUAAUUUUGCCAUCUAAGGCUACGAUGUAGCCUAAUUAAUUUAAUAUAGAAUUUCAUGAUUU